ACAUGCAGACCAGGGUUUUCCACAAGAGCUUCAAUCCAGCAUUUAAGGAACGGUUUCUCUUUGCUCUUGACGAAGAAGAAACAUUGUCACGCUCCCUGGCGUUCUACCUUUACUCCUCUGACAAAUAUUCUAACACACUCAUCGGCGAAGGCGAGAUAAAGCUUGGAGACAUGGCUCUGUCAACGAGUCCAUCCACCAUAUCCAUACCCCUCUCCGAUACUGGACAGCAAAAGGGCGUCGGGUACGGCGACAUCUUGUUCUCCCUCUCCUACCUGCCGACGGCUGAGCGUCUCACAGUUGUGGUCGUUAAGGCCAGGAGUCUUCAGUGGGCCGACGAUAAAGCUUCUGCGGAUCCCUUCGUUAAAGUGUACAUACUUCAACACGGCAAGAAAAUCAUGAAGAAAAAGACAAGUGUGAAGAAAGACUCGAAUUCGCCGGUGUUCAACGAGGCCAUGAUAUUCAACAUCCCUGCACCCGCCUUGCACACCAUCCAGCUGAGGGUGACUGUAGCCGAGCACGUGCCGGACGGUCGAGGCGUUGCGGUUGGUCACGUCAUCGUCGGCACGCAGGCGACGGGCAAGGCUUUGUCGCACUGGAAUCAGAUGAUGACGGCACUCAGGAAGCCCAUCGGCAUGUGGCAUCCUCUGAGACGUUAAGCCACGCUUGGCAACCACUGGGACGUUGGAAUUACA